AUGUCGGGAGAAGCCCAACUCCUACCUCCGCCGAGGGCUCCUCCUCCACCCGAACCCGACCCCAUGGCUGCCAUGAAGCUUACAAGGGGCACCUCGUGUGUCCUAUGCCAACAACGAAAGGUCCGUUGCGACAAGAACAAGCCUUGUGCCAACUGCGUCAAGGCCCGCGUGGAAUGUCGAGUCAUCCCGCCACAGCCGCCAAGACGGAGAAAGAAGCGUCUCCAAGAAAGAGACCUUGUCGACAGGCUCAAGAAGUACGAGCUUCUGUUGGCCGAGAAUGGCGUCAAGUUCGAGCCCAUCGCCGGCGACCUCAAAGCUUCGGACCGCGAUUCCAUCCACAUCGAUGAGGGUCCCGUGACGGACGAGGUCGCCGACCUGGAAAACGAUUUCGAAGGUCUCAAGACGUCGCCGGAGGGCAGCACGUCUCCGUCCGUGGCGGGAAGCAGGAGGUCGCAAUCCGACAAGCCAUUUAACAAGUGGUUCCCCUUUCACAAAGAGUUCAGGGCCAGCGAGGAACUCUUGAGAGACUCCUCGGAGGACGAGGUUGAUGGCUCCACCAUCCACCAUGCCUUUGACAAGAUGUACGACAACCAGGACGGCUUCCCAUUCAUUGUGGGCAACCGGAAUGCUUCCGUGACGCACCUGCAUCCGUCUGCCAUCCAAAUCUUUCAGCUGUGGCAGAUUUACAUCACCAACGUCAACCCACUCCUGAAGAUUACUCACGUGCCCACCGUCCAAGGUCUCAUCAUUGAGGCCACCGCCAACCUCGAGAAAAUAUCAAAGAACGUGGAAUGUCUCAUGUUUGCAAUCUACUUACUGGCCGUCACCUCGCUCGAGGAUGACGAAGUGGCCAAGAUGUUCAACGAACCCAAACCCACCGUUCUGUCCAGAUUCCACACGGCCCUCCAGCAGGCCCUUGUCAAUGCCGGCUUCAUGCGCACGAGUGACACCAUGGUACUCCAGGCCUAUAUGCUCUUCCUGAUCGCCGUCCGCAUGUUCGUCGACCCAAGACAAAUAUUCUGCUUGGUCGGCAUUGCUGUGAGAAUCGGCCAGCGGAUGGGCCUUCAUCGGGACGCCGCAGCCUUUGGGCUAUCGCCGUACGAGGUUGAGCAAAGACGGCGGCUGUGGUGGACCAUCGUAGGCUACGAUCGGAGGAUCGGCGAGAUGACGGGGUCUACUGUCACUGCCCUGUCCACUGCGGGUGACUGCAAGCUACCUCUCAACAUCAACGACACGGAUCUCCACGUCAACGGUAAGGACGCCCCGACUCCGCAUCAGGGCGCGACGGAGAUGCUCUUCGUUCUCAUCAGGACGGAGCUGGCCAUGGCCAUCAGCAGCGACACGGCACGUGAUGGGCAACGGCACGGUGACAAAGACAAGGAAUCCGGCCCCGGCGCCGUUGCGGCGCGCCCGAUGCCGACUGUGCGCAUGGCCGGACAGGACCAGACGUACACACUGGACGGCUUCUUCGCUCACAUCGAGGGCACGUACCUCAAGUGGUGCGACCCCAAGAUACCCCUCCACUUCUUCACUCUCACCAUGACCCGGCAGUCGCUGUGCAAGAUGAGGGUCAUUUCGUUCCUCGUUCGAAUGGGCAACGGAGAGGCGACCACUCUGCAGGAUCAUGAGCGCGAUACGCUAUUCCUCGAAGCCAUCCAGAUGAUCGAGUACGACAACGUCGUGCAAGCGGCCGAGAGUCUCCAAGGUUACAAGUGGUAUACGUACCUCCACUUCCCGUUCCCGGCGUACAUGUUCUUGGUGACGGAGCUGCGCCAGCGGCUCACGGGACCGAUGGUGGAGCGGGCAUGGGACGCCAUCGCCGAGAACCACGAGAGGCGCGGGCUGAUGAACACGCUGCACAGCCCGAUGCACAUCGCGUUUGGCAACCUGUUCAUCAAGGCCUGGGACGCCCACGAGGCCGGACAGCAGCAGAUCGGGAAGCCCGUGCAGGAGCCUUUGUGGAUCACGAGAUUGCGCCAGCGGGCGGAGAAGAUGGGCAAGAAGCAGCGCGGGGCCCGGCCCGGGCCCGAGGGCGGGGCCGGGUUUCCGCAGCAGGCGGCCAGGACGACGCCGAUGAGCAACAGCACGUCUCAGGUGGGCCCCAUGCAGAUGCCGCAGAACAUGAUGAUGACCCCGCCGUCGGUGACCGCGGGAACUCCGGCGAUGGGUCCUCCGGCCUCGGAAGGCGAUGUUACCGACAUGGACUGGAGCUACCUGAUGCAAGGGUACGACAUGGAUACGUAUGCGGCAUUCGGAGGAGGCUUUGGUGGGUUUCCGAUGGGGGGAAACGGCAUGAUGGGCCCGGGCAUGAUGGGGAACCCUGACGGAGGCAACAUGUUUGGGAGUUGA